CGAUUUCAGAUGUGUCCAUUAUUUGGGAGAUCGUUCUUCGUACAAAGCAUGUAAACGUUUUUAAUGGAAUUGUUUGUUAUAUGAAUCAAAUUAUCCACAAUAAUCGCGUUAGUGUGUGGAUGUAACUGCACUCAAUGUUAUUGUUUUUCCUUGAUUGACACUAAAGUGAAUUCAAACAAUCCAAUCAGAGAACCAAACAUGCAAAUCUUUACUGCUCACCACGCCCGUAUUUUAUAACCGACCAAUCAGAUGGAGUGGGCGGAGUCAGGGAUACCAGCGGAGGAUUCAAACGGAAGAUGGCAGCGGGUAAAGAGUCCAAUAAAAAUACACAAAACAGAAGGGGUACGGUGUGUAACGUGGUGAUCAGCCAGGAUGCAGGGGGAUCUUGGGGCGGCAGUGGGGUUGGUGCCCGCCCGCCCGUCAUCUUCAACCCAGACUUCUUUGUGGAGAAGCUACGUCACGAGAGACCUGAGGUGUUUCAAGAGCUGGUGCUUAGCAACAUCAGCCGCCUCAUCGACCUUCCCGGUGCUGAGUUCUCUCUGCUUUUAGGGGACGAGGGAGGGCCCAAGACACCCACAGGGGCCGGAGGGGGAUUCUUCCGCUCCUUCAACUUCCUCAAACGUAAAGAUAAGGAAGUGGUGUUCGGGACUCCUCUGACAGAGGGAGGCAUCGCCCAGAUUUACCAGCUCAUCGAAUACCUCAGCAAGAACCUGCAGGUAGAGGGUCUGUUCAGGGUGCCAGGUAACAGUGUGCGGCAGCAGGCCCUGAAGGAGCAGCUGAACAGUGGCGCAGACAUCGACCUGGAGGCAGGGGGCUUCCACCCCAACGACGUGGCCACCCUCCUCAAGACCUUCCUGGGAGAGCUACCUGAACCCCUCCUCACGCACCAACACUUCCAUGCUCACCUCAAAAUAGCAGACAUGACUCUCUUUGAUGAGAAAGGCAACAAGACGUCAGUACCUGAUAAGGAGCGUCAGAUUGAGGCCUUACAGCUCCUCUUCCUGCUGCUGCCCCAGGCCAACCGCAGCCUCCUCAAACUGAUCCUGGACCUGCUCUACCACACCGCCAAGCAACAGGACAAGAACAAAAUGUCUGCCUUCAACCUCGCCCUCAUGUUUGCCCCCCACGUCGUGUGGCCCAGAGAUAUGGUGGCCAGUGACCUCCAGGAGAAUCUGAAGAAGCUUAACAACGGCAUGGCCUUCCUCAUCAAACACUCCCAGAAACUAUUCAAGGCUCCUAUGUACAUGAGGGAGCAUGCCAGAAUGCACUUCACAGGAUCUAAGACCCUGCAGACCAAGGAUGAUAUGGACCUGUUAUCUGUGACUGGUUUCCCUGCCCCUGUUCCCUGGAAGAGGUGUUGUGCUGACCCGUCUCAGUACCUGUCCCCCUCCUCGUCGUCCCAGGGCCAGCAGCACCACACAGAGGAGUCCCUGAAGGAGCUGUUCAGACACGUCCAUGACAACAUGCCCAACUCUGCCAAGAAGAAGAAACUCCUACGACAGCUUGCUAAACAGACCACCCCCGGCCUGGCCCCAGGGACACCCAUCAACAACUAUCAGCCCCCCCCGGCCCAGAGCAAGAAACACCCCCGCUCCCGCUCCUUCGGUGGAUUCAUCAAGAGGAGACAUAAGGGGGACCAACAGGCGUUGGAGAGGCGGGGUAGACAGAUCUCCCCGGAGAUGGUUGCUGCGGCGAUGGGACGGCUGGGAAAGGAGAACGUCGUCUUGCAGUCGGUGAACAGUCCGGUGACAGUGAAUAAUAGUACCCCAGUCGGGGUCAAGGCCUCUGACAGCAUGGCCCUCAAUAGAGAGAGGGGACUCAAACUGUCAAAGGACUCUCCAUCCAUCUCCAGAAUGUGUUUCUCUCCCUCCCUAGAAACGUCCAUGUAGAGGAUUGGUACUAGCAACACUGGACUUGACUUUUGUUUGGUCCUUUUUUUCUUCUUUUAUCAAGUAAACUAUAUUGUAACUUUCUAAAUCUGUGACGAAUACAACAUUAGUCCCCAGCCAGACAUGGGGUGCAUCCCAAUAAUCUCUUCUUUCUCCUGAAGUGUGCACUUGUUCACUUCCCUUAAUGUGUUUGAAAGGAAAUGACUGGAAUACCUAAUAUGGAAACUCCUUCUAGCCCAUGCCUACACAAUCCAAGACUUUUACAUUGUGUGUGGAGUAGUGAAUGAGUGCACACUUCAGGGGGAGAGAUUAUUGGGACGUAACCCAGGAAAGUACAAGACCAACUCUGUUAAGUGUGGAGGCAGGGACAGAAGGGAGCUUUCUUUGGUCUGUUUGGGGUCUGAGUGCCACUCAUAACUUGAAACAGUUUUGUUAGACACUUUUACAUUUGACCACUAGCUGAGCCUACAUAGAUACUUUUAUAGUUGACCACUAGCUGAGCCUACAUAGAUACUUUUACAUUUGACCACUAGCUGAGCCUACAUAGAUACUUUUACAGUUGACCGCUAGCUGAGCCUACAUAGAUACUUUUAUAGUUGACCACUAGCUGAGCCUACAUAGAUACUUUUAUAGUUGACCACUAGCUGAGCCUACAUAGAUACUUUUACCGUUGACCGCUAGCUAGCUGAGCCUACAUAGAUACUUUUACAGUUGACUACUAGCUGAGCCUACAUAGAUAAUUUUACAGUUGACCGCUAGCUAGCUGAGCCUACAUAGAUACUUUUAUAGUUGACCGCUAGCUAGCUGAGCCUACAUAGAUACUUUUAUAGUUGACCACUAGCUGAGCCUACAUAGAUACUUUUACCGUUGACCGCUAGCUAGCUGAGCCUACAUAGAUACUGUUACAGUUGACCGCUAGCUAGCUGAGCCUACAUAGAUACUUUUAUAGUUGACCACUAGCUGAGCCUACAUAGAUACUUUUACAGUUGACCGCUAGCUAGCUGAGCCUACAUAGAUACUUUUAUAGUUGACCGCUAGCUAGCUGAGCCUACAUAGAUACUUUUAUAGUUGACCACUAGCUGAGCCUACAUAGAUACUUUUACCGUUGACCGCUAGCUAGCUGAGCCUACAUAGAUACUGUUACAGUUGACCGCUAGCUAGCUGAGCCUACAUAGAUACUUUUAUAGUUGACCACUAGCUGAGCCUACAUAGAUACUUUUACCGUUGACCGCUAGCUAGCUGAGCCUACAUAGAUACUUUUACAGUUGACCACUAGCUGAGCCUACAUAGAUACUUUUACAGUUGACCGCUAGCUGAGCCUACAUAGAUACUUUUACAGUUGACCACUAGCUGAGCCUACAUAGAUACUUUUACCGUUGACCGCUAGCUAGCUGAGCCUACAUAGAUACUUUUACAGUUGACUACUAGCUGAGCCUACAUAGAUAAUUUUACAGUUGACCGCUAGCUAGCUGAGCCUACAUAGAUACUUUUAUAGUUGACCGCUAGCUAGCUGAGCCUACAUAGAUACUUUUAUAGUUGACCACUAGCUGAGCCUACAUAGAUACUUUUACCGUUGACCGCUAGCUAGCUGAGCCUACAUAGAUACUGUUACAGUUGACCGCUAGCUAGCUGAGCCUACAUAGAUACUUUUAUAGUUGACCACUAGCUGAGCCUACAUAGAUACUUUUACAGUUGACAGCUAGCUAGCUGAGCCUACAUAGAUACUUUUACCGUUGACCGCUAGCUAGCUGAGCCUACAUAGAUACUUUUACAGUUGACUACUAGCUGAGCCUACAUAGAUAAUUUUACAGUUGACCGCUAGCUAGCUGAGCCUACAUAGAUACUUUUAUAGUUGACCGCUAGCUAGCUGAGCCUACAUAGAUACUUUUAUAGUUGACCACUAGCUGAGCCUACAUAGAUACUUUUACCGUUGACUGCUAGCUAGCUGAGCCUACAUAGAUACUGUUACAGUUGACCGCUAGCUAGCUGAGCCUACAUAGAUACUUUUAUAGUUGACCACUAGCUGAGCCUACAUAGAUACUUUUACAGUUGACAGCUAGCUAGCUGAGCCUACAUAGAUACUUUUAUAGUUGACCGCUAGCUAGCUGAGCCUACAUAGAUACUUUUAUAGUUGACCACUAGCUGAGCCUACAUAGAUACUUUUACCGUUGACCGCUAGCUAGCUGAGCCUACAUAGAUACUUUUACAGUUGACCACUAGCUGAGCCUACAUAGAUACUUUUACAGUUGACCGCUAGCUGAGCCUACAUAGAUACUUUUACAGUUGACCGCUAGCUGAGCCUACAUAGAUACUUUUACAGUUGACCGCUAGCUGAGCCUACAUAGAUACUUUUACAGUUGACCACUAGCUAGCUGAGCCUACAUAGAUACUUUUAAUGUUGACCACUAGCUGAGCCUACAUAGAUACUUUUACCGUUGACCGCUAGCUGAGCCUACAUAGAUACUUUUACCGUUGACCGCUAGCUGAGCCUAUAUUGUACUAUAUGUAAGUAUCUUGUUUGUGUUUUCUGAAUCUGGUGUUUGUACUACUCAUCUGAAAAUGUGGUUCUAAUUGUACUAAUAUUUUAAAUCCCAAAUGGUUGCCCUACACACACAGCACACUGAUGGCAUGAUUAUAUCCUCCUACAAAAUGCUGAUUAGCACCAGUCACAUUCGUUUGGAGCCUGUUCCAAAAAGCUUGAUCGAUGAGUUAGCCAGCAAACUGACCCAAAUUGCUUGAAAUGGUUUGAAAUGACUCAACAGCAACAACAACAGAAACAACUAUUAUACAAAUGUAGAUAAUUUUAAUCAACCAGGAAAUCCGGAGAUAUGAGGCAAAGGCUGUUAAUCAAAGUUAGCUGGCUGAUGUAUUAACCCUGCUUUCUGGAAUACCCCACAGCUCUUAUGGUGUCUCAAGGCCAUUGGGUUUACUGAUACUGUCUGUUAGCUCAAAUGAAGCCCCCGUUCCCUAUAUAGUGCACUAUUGGCCAAAAGUAGUGCUCUCCACUUUAUAGUAGUGCAUGUGGUGGUGUUGGAGAAACACUGGCUCAGGGUUUUCUUGAAUCUAUAUCAUACAAAUACAGGUCGAUACAUAUUGGAUGAUGAUGAACAAAUACGAGCUGAACAAACCAACCUUUCUGUAACGGUAUUCGUGUUUGGGAGAGAUGUAGGGCUUCAUUUUGGGACGACUAUUUAUUUUUAUUGUCUGAGAUUUGUGUAUUAACUGUUUGAACUCCUCAAUGUGUACAAUGUCAUAUUUCACCUGCCUGGUUUGGCCUUUUGAGGUUUGAUAGUACAAUGAUGUGAUUAUAACUGUAUUUUUUUUAACUGGAAUGGGUUUUGGGUGGAUAUUGGUUGGGACGCUAACGUUGUUGAAAGGUUUUCUGGAAGUCUGAGAUGGUUUUUGCUUUGUUGAAGAGGGAAAUUUAUAGUGACUGUGUCGAUAGGGGAUUCUCUUACAGUACCUUCAGUGUUGCCCAGUCUGAUACAAGUCUUCUUUAUUGAGCGUGAAUUGGGACAUUUUGUUCUGGGUCAUGUUCAUUAGGCACCAAAUAGAACAGGACGGAUUCAAACUGGGAGGGACUACCUGGACUUUGUCCAAUAAGGAACCCUUAUUUUCACUUUCCGUUGCAGAACGUUUGGAAAAGAUUUUGUAGUGUACCCUAAUGAACAUGACAUGACGUUGGUUUUAAUGGGACUGUUUUUAGAGGAAGUGUUAAUGGGGAAUGUGUGAUAAUGGGUUUAUGGGUUUGUGGUAAGUUUUAAAGAGAUGAGUGUGUUUUUUCUACACAUGAAAUGAAAGACACUAGAAGCUUGCUGCUGAGGUUAUCAAGAUGGCUUUGUUUUUUUUACUCUUGUUAUUUUAUCUGUGCUGGUCAAGUAGCCUACCUAUUUUACAUGUUAUUUUGUCCCCGCUUUUCUCUCUGUUACCUGAAGGUUUUCAGACCAUCAAGGCCCAACACAUUUUUUACGUGUCAUUUUGAAAAGCUGAAGGGUCAUCUGGCGUGGUUGAUACACCCUGAGUCUUGCUGGAAACCGUUUUACUAAUGUGCGAUCAUCUUUAUGAUGUGAGUCAGUUCUAGAUUACAUGAUACAACAUGUGGACAUUAUCUUUUAAUCUCCCUUAUUAUUUUUGUGUUAACGUGUGUAUGUUGAAAGUCUUUGGUUUUGUCAGCCAAUGUUGACCAUAGUUUUAAAUGUUGACUUAUCAACUGUACAGUACUACUUGUUUAUUUUUGUUCAAUUUCAUUCUGCCCUGUUGUUUGUGUCCCAAAUGGCACCCUAUUCACUAUAUAGUGCACUACUUUAGAACAGGGCCCUCUUCCCUAUAUAGUGCACUACUUUAGAACUGGGCCCUAUUCCCUAUAUAGUGCACUACUUUAGACCAGGGCCCUCUUCCCUAUAUAGUGCACUACUUUAGACCAGGGCCCUCUUCCCUAUAUAGUGCACUACUUUGGAGCAGAGCUCUGUGCCCUGGUCAGAAGUAGUGCACUACAUAGGGUGCAAUUUGAGAUGUAGACAUGGAGUUACAUUAAUGUCUACUAAAAUAAACAUAGUAUACUGUAAUCUCACAUUGCUGCAUAGAUUUCCUACCAUGCAUCUUCCUCUGUUCAUAUAAACCUGUUACCAGUCAGUGCCUUUUAAUGUAAGGACAUUUUAGCCUACCUUCACCUGUUGUGUUUUUGUUGUGUAAAAUAAGAUGUUUGUUUUUAUUACCCUGUCAAAUAGAUGCAUUGAUUUACUACUGGUGCUAUGGAUUAAAACUAUUUUUCUACAUGU